UAAAUAAAAUUUUACCAAACAAAAAAGGAAAUAAAUCUUGGGGAAAUCAUCGUUAUCCUCUGACCAAUUACUCAGUCACGACAACCACACAUCUCCAUGUACCAUUUCGAAAUCCCUACUUCCCAGGAGUCCGCUUCACUAAAGAUGCCCUUUCAUUGCGCCGCUUGCAUCUGUUCACUGCCUCGCCUUGUCCUCUUUUCAUAUCCUUCUCAGCAUAUAUGAGGUCAUUGAAACACAGCCAAACCCAAUCAAUUGCACAACCCCCUUGUUGCUUUUCAAUUGCAAAAAUGUUGGUAUUGGUUUUCCUGAUAGCGAUUGCUGGAAUUUCGUUUCAAUCAGUUCCUUCCUUCAAUCACCGUCCUAAUUUCUUCAUCCGCCGCUUCAAUUUUCCGGGCAUCCGAGCCCAACAGUCGGAGGUCAAACCCCCGAAAAGGGGAGAGGAGGCAGAUGCGUUGAAACUGAAGGAAUGGGUAAUUGGAAUGUUACAAAACGAAGUCGCUGCGAGUCAAGGCAUAAGAAUAAGGCGAAGACAACCUACGGGUCCGCCGUCGCAUUACGUGGGCCCCUUCGAGAUCGGUUUAGAAAACGAGGAUAAAACUCCUCGCAAUACUCUCGAAGAAAUCAUUUGGCAAAAAGACGUGGAAGUUUCCCAAAUGAAAGAGAAGAAGCCUCUGGCUUCAUUGGAGAAGUUUAUCGAGAAUGCAGCUCCCACUAGAGACUUCGUCGGAGCUCUUAAGGCGGCGCAUUCACGGACUGGGUUGCCUGGUUUGAUUGCUGAAGUUAAGAAGGCUUCGCCUACCAGAGGAAUUCUCAGAGAGGAUUUUGAUCCAGUUGAGAUUGCUAGGGCAUAUCAGAAGGGUGGAGCCGCAUGCCUUAGUGUUUUGACUGAUGAAAAGUUUUUUAAGGGAAGCUUUGAAAAUUUGGAGGCAAUAAGGAGUGCUGGAGUAAAGUGCCCUCUACUUUGCAAAGAAUUUGUGAUAGAUGCAUGGCAGAUAUAUUAUGCUCGAAUUAAGGGAGCAGAUGCAAUACUUUUAAUUGCUGCUGUUUUGCCUGAUCAUGAAAUCAGAUACAUGGUUGAAAUCUGCAAGAUGCUUGGUUUGGCAGCGCUUGUAGAGGUGCACGAUGAGAGGGAAAUGGAUCGCGUUCUUGGUAUCGAAGGGAUUGAACUUAUUGGCAUCAAUAAUCGUAACCUCAAGACAUUUGAGCUAGAUAUCAGUAACACAAAGAAGCUUCUUGAAGGAGAGCGUGGCGAAAUGGUCCAUCAGAAAGAUAUAAUAGUCGUAGGGGAAUCUGGGCUGUUUACUCCAGAUCAUGUUGCUUAUGUACAAGAAGCUGGUGUUAAAGCUGUUUUGGUUGGGGAGUCAAUAGUGACGCAAAGAGACCUUGGAAAGGGAAUAACUAGGCUUUUUGGUAAAGACAUUUCUUUGUGAGUUCGUAAAAGAAAGUUGGAUAAGAGUAGAGUAGACUCUGGGACGCGCCUUCGUGGUCCGGGUGUUGUCGUAUCAUUCCCCUAUUAUUGUUUUUUUUCUUUUUUAAUCAGAAUGACUGUACUUGGAAUGAAUGGUCCUUUUGUGACGGAAAUGUUUAAACCUCUACAAAUUAAUAAUAUGAGGAUCAGUAGUUAAUUGAGAUAUUAUUUAA